AUGGAGGCUCUCACGCCUCAUCUUCUCCUCUUCCUCCUCUUCUCCGUCUCCUUCAUCUCCGUAUCCGUCGCAGACGACGGAGCGGCAAUGCUCGCUCUAGCGAAAUCGUUACGUCCUCCGCCGUCAGAUUGGUCAACCACCUCAUCCGCCGAUUUCUGCAAGUGGACCGGCGUCCGAUGCACCUCCGGCCGCGUCACUUCAAUCAGCCUCGACGAUAAAUCUCUGUCAGGCGGCGUAGCACCCGAGAUCUCGACUCUCUCCGAGCUCAAAACCGUCGCUCUCCAGCGUAACAAGCUCUCCGGCAAAAUCCCUUCGCUCGCGAAACUCUCUAACCUCCAGGAGAUCUACAUGGACGAGAAUGAUUUCGACGGAGUUGAGCCCGGAGCUUUCUCCGGCCUCACUAGCCUCCAGAUCUUGAGCUUAAGCGAUAACGGGAAACUCAGUCCAUGGAGCUUCCCAUCGGAGCUAGAGGAUUCGACUUCCCUCACCACCAUUUACCUCGACAACACCACCAUCUCCGGCGCUUUACCCAACAUUUUCGAUUCCCUCCCUUCUCUCCAGAACCUCCGUCUGUCUUACAACAACCUCACCGGGCCGUUGCCUCCGUCGCUGGCCAAAUCUUCGAUUCAGAAUCUCUGGAUCAACAAUCAGGACUCGGGGAUGUCAGGGACGAUCGAAGUGCUCUCCGGCAUGACCUCCUUGUCGCAAGCGUGGCUCCACAAGAAUCAAUUCGUCGGACCGAUCCCGGAUCUCUCGAAAUCCGAGAAUCUAUUCGAUCUCCAGCUCCGGGAUAAUCAGUUAACCGGAAUCGUAUCGCCUUCGCUCUUCUCACUCGGAAGCCUCAAGAACAUUUCUCUCGACAACAACAGAUUCCAAGGCCCUCUUCCUUCGUUCCCUCCUGGGGUUGAGAAAGUAUCAAUCGGGAAAAACGCUUUCUGCACAACGGAAGCCGGCAAAAUCUGUAGCCCUCAGGUGAUGACGCUUUUAGCGGUGGCCGGAGGUUUGGGAUUCCCGUCGAUGUUGGCUGAGUCUUGGCAAGGAGACAAUGCUUGUGGCGGAUGGGCUUACGUCACCUGCGAUUCGGAUGGGAAGAAUGUUGUCACGCUGAAUCUGGGGAAACAUGGAUUCGCCGGGUUUAUAUCUCCGGCGAUUGCGAAUCUCACUUCUCUCAAGAGCCUUUACCUCAACGACAACAACUUAACCGGCGUUAUCCCCAAAGAGCUGACGUCUAUGACUAGUCUCCGGUUAAUCGACGUCACAAACAACAAUCUCUCCGGAGAGAUACCAAAGUUUCCUGAUUUGGUGAAGUUUAAUUACAAACCUGGAAACUCUUUGAUUGGAACUAACGUUAAAGAUUCUUCAAAGCCUGGAACCGGCUCUAAACCCGGUAGUGGUCCUGGUGGCUCCUCUUCCGGUGGUGGCGGUGGUGGUGGUAGUAAAGCUCCUGUGAUCAUUGGUGUGAUUGUGGCGGUUUUAGUUUUCCUUGCCAUUUUAGGAUUUGUGGUUUACAAAUUCGUGAUGAAGAAGAAGUAUGGGAAAUUCAGACGGACGGAUCCUGAGAAAGCCGCCGGGAAGGUUGUGGUUAGCGACGCCGUUGCUUUGUCUAACGGUGGUGGUAGUGGUGGUGGAUACGCUAACGGAAACGGAAACGGAGCCAACAACUUCAAUUCGUUGAACAGUGCAAGCAGCGGUGACAAUAGUGACCGUUUCCUUCUCGAAGGAGGAAGUGUUACCAUUCCAAUGGAGGUUCUCCGUCAGGUUACUAACAACUUCAGCGAGAAGAACAUUUUGGGGAGAGGAGGUUUCGGUGUAGUCUACGCCGGAGAGUUACACGACGGAACGAAGACUGCGGUGAAGAGGAUGGAGUGUGCAGCGAUGGGUAACAAAGGAAUGAGCGAGUUUCAAGCGGAGAUCGCUGUGCUCACUAAGGUCAGGCAUAGGCAUUUGGUUGCUCUGUUGGGUUACUGUGUGAACGGGAACGAGAGAUUGCUUGUAUACGAGUACAUGCCUCAGGGAAACCUCGGACAGCAUUUGUUUGAGUACGGUGAGCUCGGUUACGCUCCGUUGACGUGGAAGCAGAGAGUGAGCAUCGCUUUGGAUGUUGCGAGAGGCGUGGAGUAUUUACAUAGCUUGGCUCAGCAGAGCUUCAUACAUAGAGAUUUAAAGCCAUCUAAUAUCCUUCUCGGUGAUGACAUGAGAGCUAAAGUCGCUGAUUUCGGUUUGGUUAAGAAUGCGCCUGAUGGGAAGUACUCUGUUGAGACGAGAUUAGCAGGGACGUUCGGUUAUCUCGCACCGGAAUACGCCGCUACUGGAAGAGUGACGACGAAAGUGGAUGUGUAUGCGUUUGGUGUUGUGCUUAUGGAAAUGAUCACAGGACGUAAAGCGUUGGACGAUUCGUUACCAGACGAGAGGUCUCAUCUAGUGUCAUGGUUCAGGAGAGUGUUGAUUACUAAAGAGAUUAUCUCAAAGGCGAUAGAUCAAACCAUAGAGGACGACGAGGAGACGUUGGAGAGCAUUCAGAGAGUCGCUGAGCUUGCGGGGCAUUGCACGGCGCGGGAGCCGCAGCAGAGACCGGACAUGGGCCACGCGGUUAACGUGCUUGGACCGCUGGUGGAGAAGUGGAAACCGUCGUGCCAAGAAGAGGAAGAAGAGGAGAGUUCGGGGAUCGAUGUGAACAACAUGAGUUUGCCUCAAGCUUUGAUGAGAUGGCAAAACGAAGGAACGUCGACGUCGAUGUUCAAUGGAGAUUUCUCUUACUCUCAGACGCAGACUAGUAUUCCUCCUAAGCCUUCUGGUUUUCCUAACACGUUCGAUUCAACUGAUGGUCGAUGA